UACAACAUGGUCGCCUGCAAGCUGAUCGUCCUCGUCGCCUUCGUGGCUGUGGCCCGCGCCGGCUACUUGGGUGCCCCCGCAGUCUACGCCCCUGGCGCCCCCAUCGCUGCCCGCGCCUACGCCGCCCCUGUGGCGUACGCCGCCCCCGAGAGCCGUGACGGAGACGUCGUCCAGGGCAGCUACAGCCUGGUCGAGCCCGACGGUUCCGUCCGCGUCGUAGACUACACCGCCGACCCCGUGAACGGCUUCAACGCCGUCGUACACAAGGAGGCUGGUGCUCACCCCGCCCCCGUCGUCGCCAAGGUGGCCGCUCCCGUCGCCUACGCCGCCCCCGCCUUCGCCAAGGUGGCCGCCCCCCUCGCCUACGCCGCCCCCGCCUACGGCAAGGCCAUCCUGGCGCCCACCACGCCCGUCCGUGGGUAUAUAACAGGUGCCGAGCCGGCCAAACGCCAGUUCUCCACUCCUCACGGCAAGAAGCUCAUCGACAUGGCCUGCAAGCUGAUCGUCCUCGCCGCCUUCGUGGCUGUGGCCCGCGCCGGCUACCUGGGUGCCCCCGCAGUCUACGCCCCCGGCGCCCCCAUCGCCGCCCGCGCCUACACCGCCCCGGUGGCGUACGCCGCCCCAGCCCUUCGUGCUGCCCCUGUGGCAUACGCCGCCCCCGCCGUGAGAGCCGCCCCCGUCGCAGUCGCCGCCCCCGCCGCCGUGGCCGCUGAGUACGACCCCAACCCCCAGUACAGCUACGCCUACAGCGUGCAGGACGCCCUCACCGGUGACUCCAAGAACCAGCAGGAGAGCCGCAGCGGAGACGUCGUCCAGGGCAGCUACAGCCUGGUCGAGCCCGACGGUUCCAUCCGCACCGUCGACUACACCGCCGACCCCGUCAACGGCUUCAACGCCGUCGUGCACAGGGAGGCCGCUGCCCACCCCGCCCCCGUCGUCGCCAAGGUGGCCGCCCCCGUCGCCUACGCCGCCCCCGCCAUCGCUAAGGUGGCCGCCCCCCUCGCCUACGCCGCCCCCGCCUAUGGCAAGGCCAUCCUGGGUUAA